UUAUUCUUUCUUUCUUUCCCAUAUAUACAUAGAGAAAGCCUUUUGCUUCACAUUGUAACUAAAAACCCUUCACAGACACAAAAAUAGAAAGAUACCCAUAAUACACUAGAACGCCUUCUUCGUGAUGUUUUUUUCUUCGUCUCCUUUGAAAUGAACCCUCGUUAGGGUUUUUCCUGGAAUUUUUUUCCUGGUUUUCUUUCUUUUAGCCGUUUUCCCCCGGAUUUUCUGAGUGAAAAAAAGGUUACACCAAAAUGGGGAGAGGUAGGGUUCAGCUUAAGCGAAUCGAGAACAAGAUCAGCCGGCAAGUGACGUUCUCGAAGCGGCGGACCGGGUUGCUCAAGAAAGCUCAUGAGAUCUCGGUGCUGUGCGAUGCUGAGGUUGCUUUGAUUGUGUUCUCUACCAAAGGGAAGCUCUUUGAGUUUUCCUCCGAUUCCAGCAUGGACAGGACUUUGGAACGAUAUGAAAGGUACUCAUAUGCCGAACGACACCUUAUGGCAACUGAUUCUGAGACGCCACAGGGAGGCUGGUCUCUGGAAUUCCCCAAGCUUUCGGCUAGAAUUGAAGUUUUAGAAAGGAACACAAGGAACCUCUUGGGAGAAGAUCUGGACCCCUUGAGUUUGAGAGAGCUUCAAAAUCUGGAGCAACAGCUUGAUAUAGGCCUGAAACGACUCCGAACAAGAAAGAACCAACUUAUGCAUGAAUCCAUUAUGGUGCUGCAGAAGAAGGAAAAAGCCCUGCAGGAGCAAAACAACUUGCUAUCGAAAAAGAUCAAGGAAAAUGAGAAAGCAGUGGCCGAACAUGCACACCUAGGGCAACCAAGCAUAGGCCAAAACUUAUCCACCUUCAUGCUCUCCCCACCACAACAUCCACAGCCACCGACAAUACCGCUUCCUUCUCUAACUUUUGGAGGUACUUUCCAGGCAGGAGGAGGAGAUCUGGAUGCUGGAGCUGAGACUCAGCCUAGUACCACUGGGCUAAUGCCACCUUGGAUGCUUCGCCAUAUAAAUGGAUGAAGACUUUUCGAGCCACCAAAGUCGGUUUAGAAAGCGGAAGCGGAAGCUACGACAUUUUGUUAACCCUCCAUGUUACAUGUAUAUCUUACUAUGAUGACAAUUGCACCACCGCCACUGUAAUUUCAAAGUAUUUCAAGACUGCACCUUCUCGUGCCAACAAACAUAUUUCAGGUCUAA